AUGCCAACGGAACAGGCUUUGGCGUUGAUAAGGGAUGCCCAAUUGUCAAAGCAUCAAUAUGAAGCAUUUAGAAAUGCCGUUAAGGAUUUUGAAUAUGAUAUUUUACCACCUUAUUAUAAAGUUUUUAUAGCCAAAAAAGAGUGCUACCCAGAUAAAAUGGUAAUUACUGAAAGAAGUGCCCGUGUAGAUUUGCAAUGUCUUGUAGAUCAUACCGCAAAGCGAAUUUUGGAAGAUAUCGAUAUUGAUGUAGAAGAUAAUACAGAGUUACUUUUAGUUAGUAAGUGGGGAUGUGAUGGUGCUUUCGGGCAAUCUGAAUACAAUCAAAAAUAUGUACGAGGUGAUAAUCAGGAAACAUCAGAUAGUAGCAUCUACAUGGUAUCCAUGGUGCCUUUACUAUUUAGAACUGGCUUUGACUCAACAAUUUGGAACAAUGAUUUGCCUUCAUCUACGAGAUGGUGCCGCCCUAUCUAUUUUGAAUUUGUAAAAGAGUCCGCUGAAAAAGUUUUUGAUGUUUCCAACAAAAUAACUAACAAAAUUUCCCAGCUAAAAAAAACAGAAGUAACAAUAUCCGGAAAAAUUGCUCUGUUAAACACAACAUGA